GGAGACUGGCUGAGUCCUUCUCCCCCGAGUCCCCUCCUCGGAAGUAGACGCAUCAGUCUAUUCCGUUCUUUUAUUUUUAUAUAUUUUUUAUAACAAUCCCUUUCCCCUAACACGUACCACCAUGGACGCCAGGAUGGAGGAUUAAACUGGAGAACGGGUAACCGAUUUCACCCCCAUAUUUAUCCUCGAACUGAGUGGACCGGAUGAAAUCCAACUGUGGUUUUCUCCGCUUUGCAGGGGAGGGUGAGCACGUGAUGGAAAGAAGUAUGGAGUGUGUGACGAUGUGCCCUGUCACCUGUGCAGGUAGCUGUAUCCAGUGGGGAGGUAGGCUCAACCAGGGGAGAGAAUGAAGUUCUUCGUACCCUGGGGAUGCCAGAGGCUGUCUUUUCUUCUGGAAAAGGCCGCCUCUAGGGAAGCCAAGAUGUGGAAGGUCUACGUGCCAAAGAAGCCCUCCCCACAGGAUACAGACGUCUCCCCCGCCCAGCGGGAUGAGGCCGUGCGCUGGCUGACGGAGCUCCACAGCAGACUGCAGCUGUACCCAGAGACCCUUGUGUUGGCUGUCAGCAUCCUGGACCGCUUUCUCGCUCCCAUCAAGGCCCGUCCAAAGUACCUGCGCUGCAUUGCCAUCACCUGCUUCUUCCUGGCUGCUAAGACCUGUGAGGAGGAUGAGCAUGUGCCCUCUCUAAAAGAGAUGGCUGCCGCUAGCAGCUGUGGCUGUUCUCCGUCAGAGAUCCUGAGGAUGGAGAGGAUCAUCCUGGACAAACUGAACUGGGAUCUGCACACCGCUACGGCGCUGGACUUCCUGCACAUUUUCCAUGUGAUGUUGUUGACGUGCCGUUCCGGGUUUGCGGACUCCAUGUUGGGACUGAACCGCUCUCAGCACCUCACCCUGCUCACACGGAGACUCUACCACUGUCUGGCCGACUACACUCUCAUCCAGCUCAGAGGAUCCAUGCUGGCAUUGGCCCUCAUCACCAUGGAGCUGGAGAUCUGCUGCCCUGACUGGCUGGUUCUUACCAUUGACCUGCUGAGGAAGGCACAGAUCGACAGCUCCGAGUUGAUUCGGAGUCGAGAGCUGGUGGAACGUAGUCUUUCCACACCGAGGGCUUCCCUGCCUCCAAACACUGUCUACAUCUACCAACCUCUCCAGAGCCAGACCACCCUACAGCCUCUGGCCCAGGAUCCCGCUCUGCCCUGCUACCAACUGGGGAUCAUCGCCUUUACCAAUGAGUCUUCCAGGGACCACGCCCUUGUUACCUCCCCCCCUGCCCAGCUGAAGACCGCUGCUGGUGGGGAGGACUGGAGCAAGCAACCCUGGAUCUCCAUUGUCUCCUGCUCCUCCACCACCACCAACAACCACAAGAACAACAGCAGCAUCCCAGUUCUAGUCCCUCCACCCAAACAUCUCCGCCAUCUUAAGGUCACACUGCGCUGCAAGGCAUCCACCAAGCGCAAGGUGGAGGAGAUGGAGGUGGACGACUUCUACGAUUGCAUCAAACGCCUCUACAACGAAGACUUCACCACCGGCAUCCACGAGGGGGCAACGCCUUCGAAGGGGGCGAUGACAACAGGAGGUGGAAGAGAAGGAGUAGGUCUGGGUGUCUGCAGUGUCCUGUUGACCCGACAGGAAGGCAGCUCUUCCCCCUGCCCGCCUCUGCAGCCAGUCAGCGCCUCCUAGAGACCAAUCUGGAGCCUGUUUUACCAAAACCACCUUCAAACUGACAUUAUCUGUCACUUUCAAAUAAAACUCCUCAAUCAGAGACGGGCAACUCGCUCAGCAAAAGGCAACAUUGAAUAAGAGAGAUUUAAGUCACUGUUCCCAUUUGCAUUAAAGAAAAAGGAGCAAUGUAAAGGCAACUCCUGAGGAAAUGUUGCCCAUCAGAGUUGCUGCAGAAGAAGGUUGGUCUUUUAAGCUGCUGCUUCUGUUAAUACGUACAGUAGAAGCAGCAGCAAUGAAGCAGCGGUAACAGAUGAUUUCAGUGGAUGAGGUGGUUUUGGUGUGCAAACAACCCCAGCGUGACCCGGAGUUGCUCAGCUGACCUGAGGUCAGUUCCCAUUAUCCCCUGCAACAGGAAAUGUAAAAAAUAAAAAAAACGUGCUGCUACUAUGUUAUUAUUCUAUUUGUUGAAUACAAAUACAUUAUAACAAAGGGUUAAAAAAACAUAUAUAAAUAGAAAACUUACCUAAAAUAAAAAAACUAGAAUGGCUUUUUCCACCCCACCCUCCACCACUGUGUCUCUCUCUGUCAUCAUUUGUCAUCUUAUAUUUGUUGUUCACAUCUUGAACUUUCACUUCAUAUAUAUAUAUGUUUCCUUCUCUCUCCUCCCCUGUCAUUCUGCAUGUUUUCAUCUCUGUUUAUCUAUCUAAAGAGUCUAAAUCAAAUGUGUAGACCAUUCUCUGUAUUCCGCAGUCUGAAAAAAAACAUUUCUUUUGUUUUCUUUUUGUGAAGUGCAAUUUGAAUGUCCAUAUCCCUCCUAUGAAUCCUUCUGUAUUUCCCUCCCUCGGCUUGUUGUGAUGGCUUGACUGAAUGAAUGUUUCUCAGGUUGUUUUAUUUCCCCACAAACUAAAGUCUCUGGAGUUUCCACUUGAAUCCGCUUGCAGCACCACCGAGAGAUGUUGAUUGUUUCCUAAUAACAAACGGUCUCAUCUGAAAUCUUCAAAUGUAAAUUUCUAACAAAAACAUCAAAGAGUUACGAACUUUGUGGUCCUUGUACGAACAACAGAGCCCUGGUACCUGAACGUGUAGUCUUUGUUUUGAAGCACUAAGAGAGAAUUCAAGUUUUCUUCAAAUAUUCAUCUGUAAUAAAAACAACCUGGAGUUAUUUGAAGCAUUUAUUAUUAAACAGAAAUGUGGGUUUUGAGUUGGCGUCUAAGCUUCAGGACAAAGUGGACACUGAUGUUUUAAAAAAAAAGUGCUAAAACAACAGGCUUUUUAAUUUAUUCUGUUUAAUAUAUUUGUAUUCCCCUCGAUGGACUGGCGACCUGUCCAGGGUGUCCCCUGCCUUCGCCCUAUGUCAGCUGGGAUAGGCUCCAGCGCCCCCGCGACCCUAAUGAGGAUAAGCGGUAUUGAAAAUGGAUGGAUGGAUGGAUAUUUGUAUUCCUGCAAAAAAAUAUCAGUUUCCUGCUGUGGGAGCUGCUGGUAGCUGCUCUGGGUCCCUGAAUGCACCACGGCACCAAUAAAUGAAGAGAUAAUAGUAUU